AUGCCUGCUUCACGAGCUUUAUGUGCUGCACCACGUCAUGUUUAUGCUGGAACAAUAUCAAAUAAGACAAAUAAAUCAUUAAAAUGUACAAUUCACUAUGCAACUAGUACAAGUAGUACUAAUAUAAAUGAAUCAAUGUCCGUUACAUUAGAUGCUGGUGGUCGAGCUUGUAUACCAGAACGAGAAUAUCAACCAACACCUGAAGCAACAUUUACUUGUCGAAAAGUUGUUUCUCGAAUAGAAGUUCAUAAUGAUGAUAAAACAUAUACACUUGAACAACCAUUUAAUGGUGUUACAUGUCCAGUAACUGAAUGGAUAUUUGAUAUACAUGAUGAUCAUGUUGCUUCAGUUAAUCCAAAUACAUUACCACAGCAACAAAUACAGAAAAUUCUGUCAGAGCUCAAUGAUUAA